AUGGAACGAUAUUACAAGCGAAAAUCAUCAUUGAUUAGUUCGGACAAUCAUAUUCCAAAUAGUUCACCUUCAAACUUAGAUAGUUCCAAUCCUAUUCCGAAUAGUUCCCCAACUUCUGCUCCAAUUCCAAAUAGUUCUGAUCCAAUUGGGGGUAAUUCCACUCCACAACAAAAUGAGUUAAAAGUUGAUUUGGAUAAUCUUGAGAGAGACCCCGGAAAGAGAAUUCCAAUGAAGGACUAUCCUCCAAAUAUUCGAGAUGGGUCCGUGGUCAAUGUGCUUGAAAUGAUUGUUGAUGAUAAUACCAAUGAUAGUGUGGCCGAAGCAAAUAGGUUAUUGAGGGACAUACAAUCUUUUGAGUUUGUGUUUCUCCUAUUUUUGAUGAAAUCUAUAUUGGGAAUCACGAAUGAUUUAUCACAAGCAUUACAAAAGAAUCAUCAAGAGAUUGUGAAUGCAAUGGCUUUAGUCAACACAUGUAAAGAACAACUACUCUACAUGAGGAAUGAUGAGGGGUUUGAUCUUUUGGUUGACAAAGUAUCGUCAUUUUGUGUCCAACAUCAUAUUGAGAUUAUUAACAUGGAUGAGGCAUAUGUAGCUCAAGGGAGGUCACGCCGUAAUACCCACAAAAAGACCAACCGUCAUCGUUACAAAGUUGAGCUUUUUUUUGUUGUCAUUGAUUCCCAACUUACAGAGUUAAAUGAUCGCUUCAAUGAGACAAGUACCGAAUUGCUCAUAUGUUUGGCUAGUUUGAGUCCAAAUGAUUCUUUUAUAGCUUUUAACAAAGAAAAGUUACUUCGCCUUGCUCAAUUGUACCCUCAAGAUUUUACUAAGCAAGACCUGUUGGCGCUUAAAGAUCAACUCGAUAUUUAUAUUCACUCUAUGCAUUCGAGAAGUGAAUUUUCUCAAUUGCAAAGCAUUAGUGAUCUUGCUAAGAAAAUGGUGGAAAAAGGGUUGCAUCGAGUAUUUCAAUAUGUGUAUUUACUUAUUGAAUUAGCUUUGGUUUUACCGGUUGCAACUGCUUCAGUGGAGAGAGCAUUUUCUGCCAUGAAUAUCAUUAAGAGUCCACUCCACAACAGAAUGGGGGAUCAAUGGUUAAAUGAUAGCUUAGUUGUUUACAUUGAGAAAGAUGUUUUUUCUUGUAUUGACAAUGAAACUAUCAUGACACGUUUUCAAAGCAUGAAAUCCCGUCGUGGACAAAUUUAG